AUGCGAGCCUGUAAUCUCUUCCGACACACUGGCCUCGUGGCGAGCCCUCACCGUGUUGGUAGCUCAGUAUACCAUAAAGCAGGAAGAUACAGUUCGUUUUCAACUUCGUCUGCCUUGGCAUCUACAGGUGAUAGGGGUAAUACUGUUGGGUUCAUAGGUCUUGGAGCUAUGGGCAAUCACAUGCUGAACAACCUGAUUUCAAGAUACAAGCAGCCCAGCCAAGGCAACAGCGUGAGCUUUGCUCUGUGCGAUACCAACCAGGAGGCGAUUGAGCAGGUUAUUAAGCGCCACAAUGUAGAGCAUCCGCAUGUACCUCUCAUAAGUUGCUCAUCACCGUAUGAUGUAGCACAAAAAGCUUCCACAAUUAUCUCCAUGAUCCCCACUGGUAAGCACGUCCAGGACGUGUACGUGGGCCAAGGCAAGAGCGUUCUCAAUGCUCUCAAGUCUAUGGAUAGGGAUCAGCGAGCAGCCACCCUCUACCUGUUUCAACUGACAAGAGGCCACUGGCUGUCACUGCAACUCUCACUUAAUGCUGGUGUUCGAACCGUGGAUAUCGAUCUAGCGCUAGAUCAAGACUUGAAGCACUUGAUGGAACUUAUCGAAGACGCUGACGUUUUCGUUCAAGGCUAUAGACCUGGUGUCAUCGCCCGAAAAGGUCUCAGUCUCAGUAAUCUUCUAGAGAUAGCGGCCAAGAGAGGCAAGGGAAUUAUAUACGUGGAGGAGAACUGUUAUGGUCCAGAUGGACCUAUGGCUGAGCGCCCCGGCUGGCAGCAGAUUGCAGAUGCUGCAACUGGCUGCUCAUAUGUGACGGGACGAAGUCUAGGUCAUGAGGACGGAACGUGUGUCCUGCCAGCUUUACCUGUGCCGGAUAUGCUCACAGGUCUAAUUGGCGCUAUAGGUGCGAUGAUGGCCAUCAGAGAUCGUGCCCGCCAAGGUGGCUCGUACCACGUCUUUGCUUCUCUGAUGGCCGCUGCAGGUCUACAUCUAAAACCCGAGAUUGGACUUUACUCCCCAGAGGUGGUAGAGAAGUGCAACCAGAAGUUCAAGUAG